AUGAAGAAAGUGUGGUAUUACGAAAGCAAAGGGGAAAGAGAACAUCAAGCAAUAACAGAUGGGUCGUUGUCUUCCUUCUUUCCUGACUUUGGGCUGCUAUUGUAUUUAGAAGAGCUGAACAAAGAGGAAUUGAAUAAAUUCAAGUUACUUUUAAAGAACGAGACUGUGGAGCCCAGGGACUGCAGAUACUCUGUCUGGGCUGAUGUGAAGAAGGCCAGUUGAGAAGACCUGGCUAAUUUGAUGAAAAAAUAUUAUCCCGGGGAGCAAGCCUGGGAUGUGGCUCUCAAAAUCUUUGGCAAGAUGAACCUGAAGGAUCUGUGUGAGAGAGCAACAGCAGAGAUCAACUGGACAGCCCAGACCAUGGGACCAGAGGAUGCCAGGACACAGGAGGAGCAAGAUGAUCAGGAGGCAGUGGAGGGUGAUGGAACAGAAUACAGAACCCAAAUAAAGGAAAAAUUUUGUAUCAUGUGGGAUAAGAAGUGUUUGUUGGGAGAACCUAAAGAUUUCCAUCCUGGAGUUGCUCAGGAAGAUCGAGAACUGUUGGAACAUCUGUUCAACGUGGAUGUGAAAACCGGUGAGCAGCCACAGACAGUCGUGCUCCAGGGGGCUGCUAGAGUUGGGAAAACAACCUUGGUGAGAAAAGCAAUAGUAGAUUGGGCCCAGGGCAGUCUCUAUCAGCAGAGGUUUAGCUAUGUUUUUUAUUUCAAUGCAAGAGAAAUCAACCAGUUGAGAGAACGAAGCUUUGUUCAAAUGAUAACCAAGGACUGGCCCAGCACGGAAGGCUCCAUUGAAAGGAUAAUGUCCCAGCUGAGUAGUCUCCUUUUUAUUAUUGAUAGUUUUGAUGAACUGAACUUCGCCUUUGAGGAACCUGAGUUUGUGCUAUGCAAAGACUGGACCCAGGUACACCCAGUGUCCUUCCUUACGAGUAGUCUGCUGAGGAAAGUGAUCCUCCCUGAGUCGUUUUUAUUGGUGACAACGUGACCUACAGCUUGUAAGAAACUAAAGCCUUUGUUGAAGAACCAGCAUUCUGUAGAGCUGCUGGGUAUGUCCAAGGUUGCAAGAAAGGAAUAUAUUUACCAGUUUUUUGAGGACAAGAAGAGGGCCUUGCAGGUAUCCAAUUCACUAAGAAAUGAGAUGCUUUUCAGCAUGUGCAAAGUCCCCCAGGUGUGCUGGGCCAUCUGCACCUGUCUGGAACAGCAGAUGGAGAUGGGUAGUGAUGUCUCAUUAACCUGCAAAACAGCCACAGCUCUGUUCACCUGCUAUAUCUUUAGCCUCUUCCCACCAGUAGAUGGAAACUGUCCUAGUCCACCCAACCAAACCCAACUGAGGAGACUGUGGCACUUGGCUGCCAAAGGAGUGUGGACUAUGACAUCUGUGUUGUACAGGGAAGAUCUCAGAAAGCAUGGGUUAACUAAAUGGGAUGUGCUGAUUUUCCUGGACAUGAGUAUUCUUCAAAAGCACACGGAGUAUGAAAAUUGCUAUGUGUUCACCCACCUGCAUGUUCAGGAGUUUCUUGCAGCUAUGUUCUAUAUGUUGAAAGACAAUUGGGGGACCAGGAACAAUUCCCUUCAGUCUUUUGAAGAUUUGAAGCUAUUGCUUGAAAGCAACAGUGAUCAAGAUCCCCAUUUGAUGCAGAUGAAAUGCUUUUUGUUUGGCCUUUUGAAUGAUGAUCUAGUAAAACAACUGGAGACAACUUUGAACUGUAAAAUGUCACUGGAGAUAAAAAGGAAGAUCCUUCAGUGGCUCGAGAUACUGGGGAACAGCGAACAUUUUCCAGCACAGCUAGAAUUUCUGGAGUUGUUUUUCUAUCUGUAUGAGACUCAAGAUGAAGCCUUUAUAAGCCAGGCAAUGAGAUCUUCCCAAAAGUUUGUCAUUGAUGUUUGUGGAAAAGUCCAUUUACUUGUGUCUUCAUUCUGCCUUAAGCACUGCCAAUGUUUACGGACCAUUAAAUUGUCUGUAACUGUGUUAUUUGAGAAGAUGUUAAACUCAAGCCCCCCAGCUGAACUUUGGGAUGGUGGUCACUUUACUCAUUACUGGCAAGAUCUCUGUUCUGUGCUUCAUACAAAUGAGCACUUGAGAGAACUGGACCUGUGUCCUAGCAACCUCAAUGAAUUAGCCAGAAGACUUUAUCAAGAACUGAGGCACCCAAACUGUAAACUACAAAAACUCUUGAUGAGAUUUCUUUCUUUCCCUGGCGGUUGUCAGGAUAUUGCUAGUUCUUUGACUCACAACCAGAAUCUGAUGCAUCUUGAUCUGAAAGGGAGUGAUAGAGGCGACGAUGGAGUAAAGUCAUUAUGUGAAGCCUUGAAACACCCAGACUGUAAACUACAGAAUCUGAGCUUGGAAUCCUGCGACCUAACUACAGUUUGCUGUCUAAAUAUCUCUAAGGCUCUCGUCAGAAGCCAGAGCCUGAGAUUUCUGAAUUUGUCGACCAAUCACCUAUUGGAUUAUGGGAUCAAGCUGUUGUGUGAGGCCUUAGGACAUCCCAAGUGUCACCUAGAGAGACUAUCCCUAGAAAGCUGUGGCCUCACAGUAGCUGGUUGUGAGGCUCUUUCUUUGGCCCUCAUCAGCAACAAAAGGUUGACACAUUUGUGCUUGGCAGACAACAUCCUGGGAGAUGAUGGAGUAAAGCUUGUGAGUGAUACUUUGAAAAAUCCACAGUGCAAUCUCCAGAGCCUCAUAGUACAGAAGUUUAAAAUUUUUGUGAAGUCAAAUUAUCUUCCUCCUCAUAACUUCUCAAAGUUUUGUCGCAUUGCCACUUCGCUUAGCAGUGAACAUCUCUCAUCUGCUCUCCUGCGCAACAAGAGCCUGACACAUCUGGAUCUGGGGUCAAAUUGGCUGCAAGAUGAUGGAGUAAAGCUUCUGUGUGAUGCCUUUCCGCAUCCAAGCUGUCACCUUCAGGACCUGGAACUGAUGGGCUGCGUUCUUACUAGUACGUGUUGUCUGGAUCUGGCUUCUGCUAUUCUGAACAACUCACACCUGCAGAGCCUGGACCUUGGAUACCUGCAGGAUGAUGGAGUAAAAAUUCUGUAUGAGGCUUUGAGACAUCCAAACUGCAAUAUUCAGAGGCUUGGGUUGGAAUAUUGUGGUUUGAUCUCCCUGUGUUGUCAGGAUCUCUCCUCUACUCUUAGAAACAACCAGAACCUGAUAAAACUAAACCUGAGACAGAAUACUUUAGGGAAUGAAGGAAUGAUGAAGUUAUGUGAAGUCCUGAGGUCUCCUGAAUGUAAACUGAAAGUUCUAGGGGUGUGCAAAGAGGCGUUUGAUGACGAAGUCCAGAAGCUGCUGGAAGCUGUGCGAGUUAGCAAUCCACACCUUAUCAUUAAGCAUGAUUAUAAUCACAAAGAUGAAGAUGGUUCCUGGUGGUGGUGUCCCUGA